UUUGUCAAGACUCUCAAGGGUACUCAUUUGAAAUCGAAGCCUGAAUUCAUAAUUAAUGUUCACUCUUAAGAUUUUAGGAGCUGGGUUUUGCAGUGAAAAGGUUUCCUAAAGAACUAAAAUCAAAGGCGUCUAAAGUCGAGUUAGUGUCAGUGAAAUAGAAGCUUUGUACGAGCUAUUCAAAAAAAUUAGUAGUGCAGUAAUUGAUGAUGGGCUGAUUAAUAAGGAGGAAUUUCAACUUGCAUUGUUCAAGACUAACAAAAAAAGAAAGUUUAUUUGCAGAUGGGGGAAAGUAUUACUCUGGAAAAGGUGUGAAUCAGUAUUAACUCUUCAUGUUAUACUACCUUUCCCACCAUAGAUGUUCUUCUCUCUUUAUAUUCUCAUGCAAAUACAAACAAAUCCAAUCCCAAACCCACAUUCCAAUCCACCCACUUCAUACACUCACUGAAUCAAUCUCAAACCACUCGCCAAAUCAGCCUCACUCUGAUCUCCUCCCGCUUGUAUCUUGUGCUCAAUCCCUUCGCCAAGCUAAGCAGGCCCACGCCUUAGCCCUUGUCAAUGGCUUCCUUCCUCGAAGUGUCUCUCUAUGUGCAUCCCUCAUUCUUAGCUACGCCACAUUUGGAGCCCAUACGACUUGUGGUUUUCUCUUCGAAGGAACCAUUAAAUAUUGUCGUACGGCCUUCCUGUGGAACACUCUCAUUCGGGCCUAUUCCAUUGUUGGAAUUCAUGACGGGUUUCGGAUUUACAAUGGGAUGGUUCAAAAUGGUGUUGUUUUGGAUGAUCACACUUUCCCUUUUGUCCUUAAGCUAUGUUCUGAUUUUUUGGAAUUUCAAAAGGGUACGGAGAUUCAUGGGACUGUUGUGAAGUUGGGUUUUGGCUAUGAUGUUUUUGUUGGGAAUACUCUCUUGUCGUUUUAUGGCAACUGUGGGAACAUGAAUGGUGUAAGGAAAGUCUUCAAUGAAAUGCAUGAGAGAGAUGCUGUGUCCUGGAAUACGAUAAUAGGGGUGUUUUCUGUUAAUGGGUUAAACAUGGAAGCACUUAAAUCUUAUAGAGAAAUGAACUCAACUUCGGGCAUUAGAUCAAAUUCUGUGACUGUUAUCUCUGUGUUGCCAGUUUGUGUUGAUCUUGAAGAUGAGCUUAUGGCAAGGCAGAUUCAUUGCUAUGUUGCCAAGGUUGGUUUGGAUCGUCUUGUAACUAUUGGCAAUGCAUUAAUUGAUGUGUAUGGGAAAUGUCGUAAUGUGAAGGCCUCUAAAAAAGUUUUUGACGAAAUGAUUGAGAGGAAUGAAGUAUCCUGGAAUGCAGCUAUAACUAGUCUCACUUAUAUUGGGCGCAGCUAUGAAGCCUUAGAUGUCUUUAGGUCAAUGAUUAAUUCAGGGGUUAGUCCAAACUCGAUCACAGUGUCCAGCAUGCUUCCAGUUUUUGUUGAACUAGGAUUCUUUAAAGCUGCUAAGGAAAUCCAUGGAUUCAGUAUUAGAAUGAACAUUGAAUCUGAUGUCUUCAUUUCCAACUCAUUAAUUGAUAUGUAUGCAAAAUCAGGUUGUUUAACAGCGGCUUCUGAUGUGUUCCAUCAUACGUUGGAAAAGAAUAUUGUUUCUUGGAAUGCCAUGGUCGCUAACUUUGCUCAAAAUAAGCUUGAGAUUGCAGCCAUCGAACUUGUUAGACAAAUGCAAAGUCAUGGUGAAACUCCUAACUCUGUAACUCUCACAAAUGUUCUUCCAGCUUGUUCUCGAUUGGGUUCUCUUCGUCCCGGAAAAGAAAUUCACGCAAGGGCAAUUCGUGUAGGAUUGGCAUUGGACUUGUUUGUCACUAACGCAUUGAUAGACAUGUAUAUAAAAUGUGGUUACUUGUCUCUUGCUCAAAAUGUCUUUAAUACCUCGUUACAAGAUGAAGUAUCUUAUAACACACUCAUUGUAGGUUAUUCUCAAGCUACUGAUUGCUCUGAAUCACUUAAACUGUUUUCUGAAAUGAAGCUUUCAGGAAUGACCCAUGACACUGUUUCCUUCGUGGGUGUGAUAUCAGCGUGUGAAAAGCUUGGUGCGAUCAAACACGGCAAAGAAGUCCAUGGUUCCUUAAUAAGAAAGCUUUUUCAUACCCACCUUUUUGUUGCAAACUCACUCUUGGACUUCUACACUAAAUGUGGACGAAUAGAUCUUGCUAGUAAGGUCUUUGAACGGAUUCCAGACAAAGAUGUAACCUCUUGGAACACCAUGAUUCUGGGAUAUGGAAUGCUAGGGGAGCUAGACAGUGCAAUUGGUUUCUUUGAAGCAAUGAGGAAAAAUGGUGUGGAACAUGAUUCGGUAUCAUAUAUUGCAGUUUUAUCAGCUUGUAGCCAUGGAGGGCUGGUUGAAAAGGGGAAGAAAUACUUCAAAGAAAUGCAGGAUCGCAACGUUAAGCCAAAACAAACACACUAUGCUUGCAUGGUUGAUCUUCUUGGACGAGCUGGCCUCAUGGAAGAAGCAUCUGAGCUCAUUAGAGGGCUGCCCAUUGUCCCAGAUGCUAAUGUCUGGGGUGCUUUGCUUGGAGCAUGUAGAAUCCAUGGAAAUGUAGAACUGGGAAUUUGGGCAGCUGAGAAUCUGUUCAGGUUAAAGCCUCAGCAUUCUGGUUACUAUAUACUUCUUUCAAACAUGUACGCAGAGGCUGGGAGAUGGAGUGAGGCAAAUAUGGUGAGGGAAUUGAUGAAGUCGAGGGGGGUGAAGAAGAACCCUGGCUGUAGUUGGGUUCAGAUUCGCGAUCGGGUGCAUGCUUUUGGUGUUGGAGACUCCUUAUAUUAAAGACUUUUGCUAUUAUUUUUGCCAAGUACCAUGGAAAGUGAAGUAGAAUUGUUUAUGAUUGCAAGUGGCAUGAGUCCAUAUAUUUGAAAGAACGACAAAUUCUAUUGGAGUUGCUCUUGAUUGGAGCUGUUUCCAGUAAGAACUUUAGCAUUGGUUACUAAAUAAUCAACUAUUGGGAAAUAAACGACUACAAGCUUUUAUAGAUAGCAUUUUCUGUUUUAUCAGAGUUAGUGGUAUUUUUCAUCUUGAUUAAUGAUUGUAAAGCUUCAACUCUCGAAAAUUUAGAAACUUGGCUUAGUAUCUCAUCAAGGGGAUCUCCAAUGGGGUUGCCUUGUGAUUCAUUUUGAAGACCAGUUUUAUACGUAAAGUGCUGCUAAAAA